ACUUCCCAACUUAUCCGAGGAGCUAAACUCUGGUGGAUUCUUUCAUUUAGGGGUGUCUCGGCAGGCUGGGUUUUAUACUUUGAACUUCGGCUACUCUCUUCCCCUCCAGUAGGUGACCAUGGCCGUACCGGCUGCUCUGAUCCCACCAACUCCUCUGGUCCCGCCGCCUCAGAUCUCGACUCCCUCCGCGACGACGUCCCCGCCGUCGACAACUUCAUCACCGUCUCCAUCCCUGGCCCCCCCGUCUGGACCCGGACAGAACCUGUUCAGAUCAGAGCUCCUCGCCACCAGCAGCCCGGGCAUCCCGACCGCGGCUUUACCACCUAGCAAACCCGUGUACUCGACUCCAUCGCCUGUUGAAAACAUACCGCAAAACAACGAGUGCAAGAUGGUCGAGUUGCGCGGUGCCAAAGUGGCCUCUUUCACCGUGGAAGGCUGCGAGCUCAUCUGCCUUCCUCAGGCUUUCGACCUGUUCCUGAAGCACCUGGUCGGUGGACUGCACACAGUCUACACCAAGCUGAAGCGGCUGGAGAUCACGCCGGUGGUGUGCAAUGUGGAGCAGGUCCGCAUCCUCAGAGGGCUCGGCGCCAUCCAACCCGGCGUGAAUCGCUGUAAACUCAUCUCCAGAAAAGACUUCGAGACUCUGUACAACGACUGCACCAAUGCGAGCUCCAGACCCGGGCGGCCCCCGAAGAGGACCCAGAGUGUGACAUCACCGGAGAACCCCCACAUCAUGCCCCACUCAGUCCCUGGUCUCAUGUCCCCUGGCAUGAUGCCACCCACAGGCCUGACAGCAGCAGCGGCAGCAGCUGCCAACGCAGCCAUCGCAGAGGCCAUGAAGGUCAAGAAGAUCAAGCUGGAGGCGAUGAGCGGCUACCACAGCAAUGCCAACCACCAUGGCGAUGGAGAGAAUGGAGACCUCAGCUCCAGCGUCGGCCUGGAACUGCCCUUCAUGAUGAUGCCCCAUCCCCUGAUCCCUGUCAGCCUGCCCCCAGCCUCUGUCACCAUGGCGAUGAGCCAGAUGAACCACCUAAGCACCAUUGCAAACAUGGCCGCCGCCGCACAGGGCCAGAGUCUGCCCUCCAGAAUGGUCACCUCUGUUAUAAAGCUGGGGUUCCAGGAACGUGUCCCAGACAGUCCCUCCCCGGCCCCCUCCCUAGAGGACCACAGGAGGCCAGGCAGUCAUCCAUCGUCCCAUCGCAGCAGCAGUGUGUCCAGCUCCCCAGCCCACACAGAAAGCUCCUCAGACAGGAUACCGAUACACCACAAUGGCCUGUCCAUGAACCAUGCCCUGCUAGGCCUGUCCCCCAACAUGCCACCUGGGCCUAAAGAGGGAGACCUGGCCCACGACAUGAGCCACGAAUUAAAAAGGAUGCAUGCUGACAAAGAGGACAACACAAUGUGCACCCCAACAGCAAGAGACAGCUACGAGAGGUUGUCAUUGGCUGGACAGGGUCUGCCUCCUGGCUUCCCCUCACCCUUCCUCUUCCCAGAUGGCUUGUCGUCAAUAGAGACUCUUCUCACCAACAUACAGGGCCUGCUGAAAGUGGCAAUUGACAACGCGCGGGCUCAGGAGAAGCAGGUGCAGCUGGAGAAGACAGAGCUGAAGAUGGAGCUGUUCAGAGAGAGGGAGCUCAGGGAGACUCUGGAGAAGCAGCUCGCCAUGGAGCAGAAGAACAGAGCAAUCAUCCAGAAGCGUCUGAAGAAGGAGAAGAAGGCCAAGAGGAAACUCCAAGAAGCUCUAGAGUAUGAAUCCAAGAGGAGAGAGCAGGUUGAGCAGACUCUGAAACAGCCCUCGCCUACUGACAGCAUGCGUUCACUCAACGACUCUCUGACCCCUGAGAUGGAGAGUGACCGCAGCAGUGGAAGAACAGAUGCUGAAAGGACAAUACAAGAUGGAAGACUGUUCCUGAAAACCACAGUGAUGUACUGAUAAGGCCGCGAGGAGCUGGAGGAAAUAAAAAAUUUUAAAAAAGGAGAAAAAAAAAAAGAAAGAAAGAAAAGAAAAUCCAUGAAGAUUCUCAAGAGCCCUUAUCCAGGCUGAUUUAGUUGUGGGGAAGAAGUCAAGCUGCUUGUAGGAGUUCAAUGGAAAUGUUGCUGUGUUCACCUAAAUGCUGGAGGAUGUUGUGUCUGAAUGUAGAGUAAGAAGUCUUUUUUUCUCACAGAGGCCAACAUUAAAAAGUUUGAUAGAGCGGCUUCUGACGUAACAGUAUGGCCAACGUUGAAGGAUAAACAUAUAUAUUGAGCACAGUAAAAAUGUACCCAUGGUACACUGUUGGUAAUAGCCCAUAAAUUCACAGCACUGAAGAUUUUUAUACUGUAUCUCAGCCAGCGAGAAAGCUUUGAAAAAGAAAUCCGACUGAAGUUUUGUUUUUGUAUUUCAAAUUGAAUUUUGAGAAGCAAAAAAAAAAAAAAAAAAGAGAGACACGUGGAGAUGAACCUUGUGAGGAGGAGAAAAAAAGAAUCUAUCCAUGUGUUCAUUAAAAGAGAAGACUGAUGUUUGAUUUUCAUGUUUUCUAAAUUAGAUGACAAUACAAUCAAGUUUCCUUUUUACCAUUGUUGUACAUACAAGAUCUGAUGAUAAUGAUAGGAAGACUCACUAUCGAACCCGAGUGGAUUGAUAAGGUAUGUGUAUAUAACGUUAAGAGGUAUUGUGUAUGCAGUAGAGCUAUUAGGCAAACAAUGCCACCAUUUAUAUAAACCUACAGUUUUGUUUUGUUCUAUUUCUGAGCCAUCAUUCUUUCCUAUAGCUGCCAUUUUUUGGUGAGAAAGCAUGCAGGCAUGUAAAUGUUUGUCCUGGAAUUAUGAUAUUUAAUAAAUCCUAUAUUGUGCUGAACAAAUACUAGGGUUGAUUCACUCGAGCCCAAAUGAUUUUGAAAGCAUAAUUAUCAAACAGUUCACUUUCAAAUGGAGAAUUUUGCUGUCAAUAGUACUGUAAUCUUUGUAACAGAGGUAAUAUUUCUUGGAAUUUACUGUACAUUUUUGUCAUGAGACACUCAAGAUCAGCACCUCUCAAUGCUUUUUUAAAAAAAUAAAUAAAUAAUGCAAACUAAUUAUGAUCACGUGUCAGCUUGAGAAACCCAAACAAUCAGUCAUGACACAACUUUUCCAAACUGAACGCCAUUUAAUUACAUUGCCCAAAUCCUUGUUCAACCCUUGUACACAAACACCAACUUUUCUCUCUUUUUUUUUAUGAUAUCCUGAUGGAGAAUUUAAAAAAAAAAAAAUGUUCAUAAUAAGUUAUCAUUUUCCUGUUACUUUCCCUGAAGACUUUUUGGAUCUCGGUGCUGAAACACCUGUGUAUAUUCUCUAGACAUAAGCUGAUGUCAGUCCUUUAACUGCAAACCAGUUUAGACCUUAUGUGUUACAAUCAGGAGAAGAGGAGUGUCCCAUGUUCACAAUGUGUUUGUUCUUUUUGUUCUCAAUGGAGUGUCUAGGUCUGUUGUCACUGAUAACUUAUAUAGCUUCUCGAAUCAUCUCUUCAUUGUACUUCAAAUUCAAAUAAAGUUAACAUGUUGAUGAUAACUACGUGAGUUAACUGUGUUUGCCCGACGGGUCUCGG